UACUCAAGACGACACUGACAGUUCGUGAUUCGGAGCACCCUCAUCAGGAGCCAGACUCGUUCGGAAUUUACGCCUGGUCUGAAGUCAGACUUGUCAAUUUCGAACAUGAUGUUUAAUAUCUAUCGGAGUACAUGCAUGAUAUCGACGCCGCUUGACGCAUUCACGAGGGCGGCAAUCACCUCGUUCCAAGAGUGGUUACAGGAAUCGGAACGGACCAGCAGGCGUGACAUGAUGAUUUGGGACAUACUGUUUGCCGAACUAUCCGAGUAUAUGGGAGCUCAACCCAGCCCACAUACUGACUUGGACAUAUACAGGAAGUCGAUGGUGUCGGCAAUCAUAGUGAUGCUGUCAUUCAUCGUCGCCAAUGGACCAGAGGUCAACUACUAUUCACCUUGGAUGUCCCAGAUGAACAGUCGUUUUCGGGCCUUAUGUGACAAGGCAUUCUCUACCAGUCCAGAUCUGCUGUUGCGAGUGGUUGUUGAGCGCCCGGCGGAGAUCAUUGGAUACAUCAACACGGCAUCGUUGUCUACCAAAGUGCUUGCCCCAUUGAACACUGUGAUCUGUCUAGUUCGCUGCUGCCUCCAAUUCUUGCAUCGGUCCCGGGCGGGGAAAAUGCGACUUAUCGGGGGCCAUCAUCUUAUAGCGGCCUCUGCAGUCGAAUUCAUAGUUGCAGGCAGCAUCCCGCGCUCGCUGGGCACCGAUGAAUUGAGAAAAGUCAAAUCCGGGUUGAUCGCGCCCUGCCUCGACGAGCUUCGCACGCAUGGCUCCGGGGAGGACUGGGAUAUAUUAGCAAAUCGUAUGCAUCUGGCGAUGGUCGCCGUAGCGACUGCCUAUGACAUGAUCACGCAAGCUCAUGGAGCUUCCCUACUUUCCGACGAAGAGCGUCGAGAGAUCUACAUAGCCGCAAGGGAUGCAUUGGACGCAGCCAGACCGGCAUUCGUCCCUAUCAACAAUGUGAUCCCUUGUCAUGAAGAUCGUCUUCAAACAUUCAAAGAAUUGCUGGAACCCAAGUCCAACGGGGUCCCCACGGCACACGAUGAUACGUCACGGGCUGCCAGCUCUGACACCAAUGAGGAUUGAUGGAUCCACCACCAUAGUGAUGUACUUAGUAGGGGGGGCGGGGCGCAGUGGAAAGUUGAGCAUCAUUAACUUGUAGCAUCAUUGAUGCACGUAUGCGUAUGUCUACUCCAAAAUGCCUCCUUGCACACGAAGUCC